AUGUCCAACGCUACGAUCAAAGGACCCGCUGCUGCGCCCACGUCGUUCCCCGGCGCUGAGAAUGUCAAGAUUGGCAUCGUGCAUGCGCGCUGGAACAAGGAGGUGAUCGAUGCGCUCGUCAGCGGCGCGCUCGAGACCCUCGCCAAGGCCGGCGUCAAGGACGAGAACAUCUUUAUCGAUUCGGUGCCCGGCACUUGGGAGCUGCCUGUCGGCACGCAGAUCAUGUUUGACAAGCAGCCCGUGGAUGCGGUGAUCUCGAUCGGCUGCGUGAUCAAGGGCUCGACGAUGCACUUUGAGUACAUCUGCGACAGCGCCCUGCACGGCCUCAUGCGCCUCGGCCUCGAGCUGAAGAAGCCCGUCAUCCUUGGUGUGCUCACCGUCCUCAACGAUGACCAGGGCCUCGAGCGCGCGGGCAUCGGCCGCAAGGGCAAGGCCGGCCACAACCACGGCCACGACUGGGGCUACGCUGCGGUGGAGAUGGCUCUCAAGAACAAGAAGAACUAA